AUGUACUUAUUAUCUUCAAAUGAUUUACCUGCAAUAUUUGAUAAAAUAUUUUCAAAUGAUUUAUCUCAUUUACAAUAUUGUUAUUUAUCGAAUAUGACGACGAUAAGAAGAACACGAGAAUGGAUACAAAUGACAUCAUUACGUUUUUUAGAAGUUGGACAUAUUAAUUUAUUUGAUUAUAAAUACAUUCUAUCAUUAUGUCCGAAUUUAUAUUCAUUUAAAUUUAUCAUAUCUACCGAGACUGAAAUACCUUCUGAUAUUAAAUCACAUUUAAAUAUUAAACGAUUAACAUUAAAAAAUGAUUUUUUUGCUCAUUCUUGGAAUGAUCAUGUUAUUAAAAGUUAUCUUUCAUGUGUACCCAAUCUCGAACAACUUUGCAUGUAUCGUCAUAUAUUCAGUUCAACUGUGAAAAACUGUUCAUUAAAUUAUGAUUGGUGUGCAUCAUUAAUUAGUUCGUAUUUACCAUCACUUCAUCGAUUUAGUUUCUAUUUACAUCUGAUUGAAUUAAACUAUGUCGAUAUAGAUAAUAUUCUUUUUCAAUUAGUAGAAAAUUUUCGAUCUCAUCGUAACACUAGAUGUCAAUCUUGCUUUGUUAUACAAUACUCACAGAUGCAGAAUAUUCUCUCGCCAAAAUUCCUUAUGUAA